UUUGUUGUCAUUAGCAACCAAACGUUCGAACCUGAGAGGCUUUGGUUCGCCCAGAUAGCUUUACGUUAACUAACAUCUACGCUUUAAAGUCGUUUACUAUAACAACAAUGGACUCAAGUGUGUUGUCCUAUUCUUUGGAACUCGUUGCCGGUAGCGGGAAUACUUUAAGCGUUGAGCAAAGAGCCGCUCUGCAGACUUCUGUGGUGCUCCUGAAGAAAAACUACAAGUUCCACCGCGUCUUGUUCUGGGGCAAAAUAUUGGGAAUAACAAAAGAUUAUUUUAUCGCUCAGGGGAGAGGAGAAGAUGAGAUGCAGGAUAAAAAGAAUCUCUAUAGCUUCAACUGCAUGGACUGGUUCCUGCUCCCUCUGGCCACAGACUCUAUGAUCGAGGAAGUGACCAAAGCUGCGAAGAGUCGCUUCAUCGGAGACCCCUCUGCUAUGGAGAAUGAACCGUGUAAUUCCAGUUCAGAGAGUGACUGUUCUUGGUUUCAGACCACAGUCAAUGAGGAAAGCAGGCUGGCAGUGACCAUUCAUCAGAUCGAUGAGGAAGCGUCUGUGGUACCACGCGGUGCCUUGGUCAAAAAUCCACAUGGCCUCGUCCAGAUCAACCGCAGCUUUGGUGGUCUGUCUCACUCAGAAGCAAGGAGGCUUGACAACUUCCUUCACUUCAGCAAAGCAAAGAAUCCUAAGAAAAGCGUCCUGGAAGUGGGUGUUGUGAACCAAACAAUCGACUUCCUGGAUGUACUCAUGGAUGACAUUCCUAAAGGAUCAUGGAGUCUUCAGCUUGAAUGCGCCAGCAACGUGUGUGUGCUUCGCAGCCUGUUGUGGCUUGGCCUAACCUUCUUCCAUGUGCCAAUGACGCCACAGCACGGAUACAUGUACAUCGGUGAUGGGAAAAAGAAUUUGGACCUUCCCUUCAUGCUGUGAAAAGACACAUCUUACACACGUGUCUCUGUUGUUCAUAUCAACCCUCACAAUGUAUUUUGUGUUAACAUAUUCUAGGACUUUGUUCGUUUUGUCCUAAAACAAAUAAACUAAAAAGAGCACAGUUAUGCAAUUUGUCUACAAGCUUUUUGUUGCAUUCAGCUCUCAUGUACAAAAGCUGUUCCUUUACAGUAACACACGUUACGAGGCAGAGUAAGCAGACACAUUUUAUUUGCACAUCUGUGUGGCCUUGCGUAUACACAGUCAAUAUACCACCUACUUUGAAACUGUUACACUGACCCAGUUGUUGCCCACAUUAAGUUGUCGCAGUGUUCACUUCAAGGGCUUUUUGAAAACCAGCAGAGAUGGAAAAAGAUGGUUCUGGGUCGGGGCUGAGCAUGCUUCAUUA